CUCUGAAGUCCUACUGCCAACAUCUGCCAAAACGAAGCUUCUGAGCUUCCUGCUACAGGAGGCUGCCAGGAAGUUUUCAACAGAAACAAAUAAGGGUCAGCCCUUCCUGAGAACCUUCCGGAACAGUAACUACAAGUAUCCUACCAAGCCAGCCAUUGAGAACUGGGGCAGUGACUUCCUAUGCACAGAGAAGAACCCUUCCAGCAAGGUACCCACCUCAGUUCAUGAACUCCGACCAGCGGACAUCAAGGUGGUGGCAGCCAUGGGUGACUUUCUGACGACAGCCACAGGAGCACGACCAAGUGAGUCCAACAGUGAGGCCACCCCCUGGAGGGGGCUGUCUUGGAGUAUUGGAGGAGAUGGAAAAUUGGAGACCAUUACCACACUGCCCAACAUCCUGAGGAAGUUCAACCCUUCCAUCCUUGGAUUCUCCACGGGUUCCUCAAAGAACACAGCAGGAUUAAAUGUGGCAGAAGAAGGCGCCAGAGCUCAGGACUUGCCGGCCCAGGCCACGGCCCUGGUGAAGAUGAUGAAAAGCACAUCUACUAUCGACCUACAGAAACACUGGAAGCUGAUUACACUCCUCAUUGGGAACAACGACCUGUGCCUCUACUGUGAGGAUCCGGGGAACUACUCAACCAAGACGUAUGUCAAGUACAUCCAGGAUGCCUUGGAUAUCCUCUACAAGGAGCUUCCCCGGGUUUUCGUCAAUGUGGUGGAAGUCAUGGAGCUGGUUGGCCUGCAGCACGGGGACCAAGGUGGGAAAUGUACCAUGCCGCUGGCAGUUCAGAAAAAUUGCAGUUGCUUGAAACACACUCAAAACCUCAUAGCGAUGCAGGAGCUGAAGAAAAUAAACUGGAAUCUCCAGAGUGACACCUCAGAGCUCUCCUUCUUGCACCGGUACAUGCAGCGUGAGGACUUCGCAGUCACUGUGCAGCCUUUCUUCCGGAAUACCUUCAUCCCUCUGAAUGAGCGAGGGGGCCUGGACCUCACCUUCUUCUCUGAAGACUGUUACCACUUCUCAGACCGUGGCCAUGCUGAGAUGGCCAUUGCCCUCUGGAACAACAUGCUGGAACCUGUGGGCUGGAAGACAACCUCCAAUAACUUCACAUACAACCGAAGCAAACUCAAGUGUCCCUCACCUGAAAACCCUUUCCUCUACACCCUCCAAAAUAGUCAGCUUCUUCCGGUCAAAGCUGAAGAACCCUCCAAUGCAAUCUACUGGGCAGUGCCAGUGGCAGUACUGACUGGCCUAGCAGUUGGCAUCCUUGGAGGGAUGAUGUGGAGAACUGGGAAACCCGUCCAACCGGAGGAGGAGGAGACUCUUCCAAAUACAAAUGCGGAACCUGCAUAAAAGCAGAGGCUCAGAGAUGGGUCCUUGGUAAGGGGCAGUAAUUAAGUAAUCUCAGGGAUGGGGACUGCCUGCCUUCCUUUCCUGAUGAAGAGGAAAGAGUUCAUGAUCUCUUUUUGGAAAGAUAAAAAAGAAAAGGGCCACACA